GCAUUCUUCAGCUGUUUCCCGCCAAACAUCGCCAUUGCAAGGCGCAACUUCGUCUGUCGCGGCGUUUCUCUGGAUAAUUCGCCAGGAAAAUCGGAGCAGCAGGUCGGGCAGAGCAUCGGGAUAGCCAGGAAUGUCCGUCAGUCGUAAGAGGAGUGAAAAAUCAAAUUCGGAAGAGCCGCAAGUGAAAAUCGUCAGCCGUUCUUCAAGUGUGACUCCCAGUAUGACUGACAACACGAGCAACUCAGUCGAUGUCACGGCGCCGCCGAUGGAGCAGGAAAAGCGGAUCCGCCGCGAGAUCGCCAACUCGAACGAGCGGCGCCGCAUGCAGAGCAUCAACGCGGGCUUCCAGUCGCUGCGCACCCUACUGCCGCACCAUGAAGGCGAAAAGCUCAGCAAGGCUGCCAUACUGCAGCAGACGGCCGAGUACAUCUACCAGCUGGAGCAGGAGAAGACGCGGCUGCUGUCCCAAAACUGCCAGCUGAAGCGUGUGAUCAACUCUAACGAGGGCGAUGCCGGUGCUGCCAAGAAGCGGAGGCUGGAGGCCGUCAAGGAGCAGCAACCACCUGUCAACAACGCUCCGCAGGCCGCCGAGCCGCCGGCCGAGGCUGGCGAGCCCGCCAAGUACAAGAUCGUCAUCUCGUCCAAUGGCGUCGUGUGUGUCAACGAGUCUUCAGCCGACGAGGGCAUCGGCAGCAUGUCCCCGGAGCCGAAUCUGCUGGACGGCGGCGAACCUUCCGUCGACGCUUUGCGCAAGGAGAUGAUCGAGCUGCGCAUGCAGCUGGACCGUGAACGCCGCCUGCGGCUGCAGCUCGAGGAGCAGGUCCGCAGUCUUGAGACUCAGCUCUACCCUGAGCGCAUCAGGGAGAUCACCCAACAGGUGCAGAUGCAGUACCAGCAAGUCAUCCCUGAGAACAUGAUUGAGACGAGUGAGACAGACGGCUCCAUGCACUUGGAAAAGUUGGACGCCAUCCCACAGACGGUGGAAGAAGAGUUCCUUCAGGUGAGCCCACCACAAUCGCCCUCGGCCACGACCAUUGUCGCCAUCGAGGAGCAAGAGCAGGACAGACUGCCCAGCGUGCUGGAGGCCGCCAUCAAGGCCGAGCCCAAGGUCGAGGUCGAAGUGGCCCCGCGCAUUUCUUCGCCAAACUCCUCCGAGGACAUGCAGACUAGGCUGUACGCUCCGAGCACAUCUCGCCAGAAUCUGGAAACGAUCGUGGAGGCGAUCCGGCACCUUGAGGGUGACCACUUGUUCAGCGACGAGCCGACGCCACAGCAGGAGGUGCCGCUGGCGCUGACGACCGGCUCGAGCCGCAUGCUGAAACUGGAUGUGACCCCGAUGGACUACCGGGCCGGUGCCACCACUGUUCUGCGCACCGGCGCCAGCCAGAUCAUCCUGCCGGCCGUGAACGUGGCCCAGCAGCAGCAGCGACCCGGCGUCAUCGUCGUCAAGCAGCACACGUAGAAGGAAUUUAUUCCUGGCCUGCCGUCUGUCUUAACUCUCUCGCGAUUUAAUUCAACAUUUUUCCUCUUCUGUUCUCCCCAUCCGCACUCCCUGACGAACGAGAGAGAAAGGAGAAAUGGCGAUGUAUACUUGUGUUGAAAUUAGGUGGCCAUUUGUAGAUUAUGUCCCAUCUGAAACACGAAGCAAAGAAACAAACACUCUCGAAAUCUUCUUUCAUGUCUAUGUAGUUAGUGACAUUGUCAUUCUCCAAAUUUUGAUGAGUUCAUUCGAUCACACAGAGGAGUUUAAAUUUACUUUUUAGCGUUCCAACGAAGGGAACAGUACUGAUAUUUAAGUAAUUUGAUGUAUAACCCCGCUCGAAAAGAUGACUUUGUAAGGAGUUGGCGCGCGUUAAUAACGCUUUUCGAGGUUUAGAGCAAACAAAAAAUAUUCGAGAUGGUUUUCUUUUAGACGUAAGAUGUACUUGAGAAGUUGUAAGAAUGGAACUAAAUUGCAACCCUGCCAGCAGCAAGAAUGGAAGCAAAAUCUCAUAAACACACAUGCAUACACACAUGAAAUCGCAGUUAUAUAAAAAAAAAAGAA